CAAGCCGGCCAUAUUAGAGCGAUGGAAAUAAAGCUUCCUUAAUGUUGUAUAUGUCUUUGAAGUACAUCUGUGCAUUUUUUGUUUUGUUUUGUUUUAGCAUCUAACCACUCCUCCCUUGUAGUCCUCAGCCCCUCAAAUCACCCCCUCCCAUAGCCCACCUGACUAACAUCUCAGUCUCUGAAAAUGCACAGAGAUGCCUGGCUACCUCGCCCUGCCUUCAGUCUCACGGGGCUCAGUCUCUUUUUCUCUUUGGUGCCACCAGGGUGGAGCAUGGAGGUCACAGUACCUGCCAACCUCAAUGUCCUCAAUGGCUCUGAUGCCCGCCUGCUCUGCACUUUCAACUCCUGCUACACAGUGAACCACAAGCAAUUCUCCUUGAACUGGACUUACCAGGAGUGCAGUAACUGCUCCGAGGAGAUGUUCCUCCAGUUCAAAAUGAAGAUCAUUAACCUGAAGCUGGAGCGCUUCCGAGACCGUGUGGAGUUCUCGGGGAACCCCAGCAAGUACGACGUGUCAGUGACGCUGAAGAACGUGCAGCUGGAGGAUGAGGGCAUCUACAACUGCUACAUCAUGAACCCACCCGACCGCCACCGCGGCCAUGGCAAGAUCCAGCUGCAGGUCCUCCUGGAAGAGCCCCCCGAGCGGGACUCCACGGUGGCAGUGAUUGUGGGAGCCUCCGUGGGGGGCUUUCUGGCUGUGGUCAUCUUGGUGCUGAUGGUGGUCAAGUGCGUGAGGAGGAAAAAAGAGCAGAAGCUGAGCACGGAUGACCUGAAGACCGAGGAGGAGGGCAAGACGGACGGCGAGGGCAACGCGGACGACGGCGCCAAGUAACCAGGGCCAGAGGCCGCAGCCCCUCCCCGUGUCCUGUCCUCCUGCCCUCCGCCCUGUCCCGCGUGACCCCCCGCCCUCUCUUGGUGUGCUUCUCUUGAACCGGGAGCCCAGGGCCCACCCGGGGCCUCCUGAACCCCUCACUGUGUAUCCCUGCCCUGCACCAAGAGCGACCCACCUCUCUUCCAUCUGAGAAACCUGCCAUGGCGUCUGGGAUGUGUGGGCCCUGGGGAGAAAAGGAAGGGGCUCCAACCCACCAGUCCCUGAGAGGAGGCAGGGGGCACGUGGGAGGUCCUGGAGAGAAGGCGGAGGGUGGGCAGUGGUGGGGAGGAGGUCAGCUGUCCAGCCUACCAGUGCUUGGUCUGCCGGUGGCUUCGGAGAGGACCUGAGGAAAGGGGAGAGCUCACCUGCGCUGCCCAGGCUGCCUCAGGAAGGCCUCGGGUGGCAUUGCUGUUCUCCUCCGGCUGCUCCCAGCCCAGAGCAGCGCUGUCAGGCUGGGGGGGAUGAUGGAUUCCUAUAAUUUGGGGAGAGCAGGCAAAAGGGAUGACUGUGCAUUUCCAGGUCACUGAAGGAAAGCCAGGGCUAAAAGCAAGCCUGGAUGCAAGCCUUGGCCAGGGAGCACUGUUCUGCCCUCAUUUCCAUUGCUAGAUGCUUCCACAGGAGCCUCUUGGUUUUCUGCUAACCCCUUGGGAGUGUUGGUGAGGGCAGUGUUGGUAGAACAGCUCCCGCUAGGGGUCAAGUUCCAUCACAGGUACCCACCCAUGGGAGACCCAUUUCAAAGUCAGCUGUGGGACUGAGGGUGGGGGCUCCCUUGUAAGAGGAGUUUGCUGUGGACUGCCUUCUCCAGUGGGUGACCACCCUCUCCUGGGCAGGGAGCAGCCAUGGUUCAGGAAUGAGGAGGUGGUGUGCAGAGUGGCCGCCUUCAUGAGGGCUUCAGUGUGGACUUUCCCAACUGCCCUCAGUGGGGGUCCCAUCUGGCUUCAGGUGGGAACAUACGGUAGGGAAGGCCCGAGGGGUGCAUGUGGGCUGCCUUAGAGUCCCUGAGACCCUGUGGCUGGCCCUGUCCCAUCUGGAGCCAUGUUAUAGGCUGUCCUGCCCAACAACUCCCUUUGUGGGAGGAAAGUAGCAUUUGUGGGGAGCCAGUGUUCACUGCCAUUUCACUCACAUUAAAAGGGAGUUGUUUAAGCCCUGGGAGAGGGAGAAAGGCGGAGACAGAAACUGCUGACUCAGAGAACAUGAUCCUGGAAGACCCUCAGAGAUCAACUAGUCAAGUCACUUAUGCUACAGAUGGGGAAACUGAGGUUCCAACAGACAGAAACCAAGGGUCCUGCCCUCUUCUCUGGCUCCUUGGUCUCCAGUUUGAAUCAACAGAGCCAUAGUUUUCCCGGAGUGAGGGGCCUCUUGGGCCUGAUAGAUGAGAGAGGUGAGGCGAAGGGGUGGGCUCAUCCCGCCCUGCUGGCCCCCGGGACUCAGCCCCUGCAGGCUGGGGCUGAGGAGGAGUGGAGGGAGGGAGAGUGAAGGCAUAGCUGCUGGCAGCGCCCUCCCCUCCCCAGGGUGACUGUCUUCAGCACUUCACAGCCUUCCCAGGAGCUCAGCCCCUGCCCCCGCUGAAGCAGCUAGGAGCCCAGGGCAGGGAAUAAGUCUGGGGAAAGGGGGUGGAGACAGGACCGUGACAGUCUCAGGGACUAAUCCCUGCCUUUGCCCUUCAGAUGACCAAUUUGGGGGGAGAGCAAUAGUUUAUGGAAGAUUCAGCUUAAUUCACAUCAAUUCGACAAUCAUUUAUUGAGCAUCUGCUAUGUGCCAGGCACUGUGCCAGGCACUGUGCCGGGUGCCAGGGACACACACAAAGCCAUAACAGAGUUGGAGACUGCCAGGUCAGCACUGUAGGGACCAAGAUUAAUUUUUUGGUGCAUCUAAUUCCACCUCUGCAACCACUGCUUCCAGGGCUAGGGUUGGGGAAGAAGGAAGAGAUUCUAGAAGCUGGGCCCUGGGAAAGGAGGAAGGCAAGGGAUGAGGGAAGACACAACAGAACAAAGUGCAGAGGCCGGGCAGAGUGGGCUCAGAGUGUGGGGAUGGGUAACCAGCCAUCUAGAUAACUCCUGUGUGAGGUGAGUCCAGCCCAUGUGGAAAUUCUGAACCCAUCAGCUCAGUUCCUAACUGCCAUUCAACACACUGCCACUGGUGGUGGGCUAAGCCACCAGAUGCCCGGAGCAUGUGUACAAUGCCCAUCCUUCAAGCCAACCAGCUGGGAGCAGAGAGGUGGGUGGUGGGCACCUCAUGCCAGCUGAGACCAAGUUGGUUGUAUUCGUUUCUGCAGCUUGCAGACUUCAUUUUUCGGUCACCUUUUAAGUGCCCUCCUCUCCCAGGAUGAGUGAGGAUCUGUGUUGAUAUUGGGAACUUUUCUUUUUCUAGGACUCAUAGCAUUUAGGAAAAUUAUUUGCAAGAUUUCCUAGGUUCUUUCUCAGUCCCAACUCUCCAUCAUGAAGCCCAAGGCUUCUGGGGUCUUUUCCUUGCCCAUCCUGACCCACCGGGGCCUGGGGAAAGCAAUGCCUCUCCAGGGCCUCGGGGGCCCACGCAGAUGGGGCUGGGUCAGGCGCCAUCUCUGCCCCCAGGUGCUUGUCCUCAUAUGCACUUUUUUCUCCAGCCUCUUAGACUCUCCUCCAGAGGUCUCACACUGCUGUCUCCCUCAGGGCAGUGAGACUGGGAGUAAACUGGGGCUUCUGUGAGUAGAGGUGGGAAACCGGUGAGAUGUUUCCGCAGCAGCCAUUUCUCUACCCUGCUUUCUAGCUUGUGCCAGCAAAGUAUUCCUCUUCCUGGGCAGUGGGGUUCAGGCCCCACCUCCGGCUGCACGCUCACACCACUGCACUCUGCUGGUUUUCGUCUGUGGGCUUUCUCAACCCCCCACACCCUGGCCUCUCCUGCUGUCUCAGAAUCCCCAUCUGUCUCUUCCUCCUAAUUAAGGGCCACUGGAAAGAGAGACAGGCUGGCUAACCCAUUGGAUUUAGCUUAUAAGAACAAAGCACAAUUUUUCAGGACUGAAAUGCCUUGAGGUGCCUUGGAACUGGCUUUGAAAAUAGCUAUCUGCCCCCUAGCUAUGGACUCAUCACAGUUAUUCCCAAUUUAUAACAAGGAAAAGCUGAUUGGAUCCAUAUUUCUCUCUGCAAGUCUUCUUGGGGAGGUUGGGCUGGUAAAUAUUUACAAAGUCAGGUUAAGCAGAUAGACCAUUGAAAAUACUGGCCAGGUCCAAAAGGAUAGUCCCAGGCCAGAGGAAUGGCUUGGUGCAGUUGGAACGGGUAUUGAAUCAAGAAAUUUUUCUUCCUACUUAUGUCUUACGGGUAGACAGCCUGUGUCUCUUGCUGUGCCUCUUGCUGAUGUCUUCCUUUAUUGAAGCUUGCUGAUGCAUUUGUACAUAGUCUCUCUCUAUAGGUAUAGAUAUAUUAUAUAAACAAAUAUAAAACAUCUCACUACACCUACCCCAAAAGUCACAUCAUGGGGGGAAGUGUAAUCACUGCUCAGUGUAUUGAGUUGAUUCACCAAAGGCAAAUGAUGGAAUGUUCUUAUUGCUCUUUGUGCACUUGGAGGUGAAAACCCAAUGACUUUCUGGGUUUUAUGUGCUAUGUGGUGUUUGGAAGGGGUGGUUGGAAGGGGAGAGAAACUUAAACGGUCCUCUGUGACACGACCGUUGGGAUAUAUCUGCUUUUUGGAGCAGGCUGAGUUUCUUUUGCAGUUUGUCUUCUUGCUUGGAUCUAUUGGCUACAAUAAACAUACUGUCUCCCUUGAA